ACAGGGCUGUCACGAAAACAGCAGCUGCAGAUGUGAGCAGCUGGUAGGAAGUGGCCACUCAGGCCGCAGAUGCUUCCUGGGCUGGUCAGGAGCUGGGGGUGCUGGCUGCAGCUGGGACCCCCUCUGCAUCUCACUGGCCUGGCAUCUAGAUCCCUGGGAGGCACCACAGCUGGACACAGCCACCUGGGGCAGCCCAGCCUCCGUAGCCUACAUUCCUGUCCUCCUAUAGGCUGGCUGGCGAGCAGCCCUGGUGGGUCUGCGGGGCAGCGGCCGUGCCUUCCCAGUUUAUCUCCCCGGCACGAUCUGCUCAUCCGCCCAGUAUUCCAGAAGCUGGGGCUCGGUGUCUGCUGAGGCAGGAAGCCCGAGGCAACAGCCCAGGGCAGCGGAGCCCAGUUAUGUGCGGGCAUCUGCUCCUGUGGCCCCUGGUGCUGGGGUUCAGCCUGUUGGGUGGUGCCCAGACUCCCAGCAUCUAUGAUGAGGGCGAGAGCACCGGAGGCGGCGAUGACAGCACGCCCUCAAUCCUGCCCGGCCCCCGCGGCUACCCAGGCCAAGUCUGUGCCAAUGACAGUGACAUCCUGGAGCUCCCGGACAGCUCACGGGCGCUGCUUCUGGGCUGGGUGCCCACCAGGCUGGUGCCUGCCCUCUAUGGGCUGGUCCUGGCGGUGGGGUUGCCGGCCAACGGGCUGGCGCUGUGGGUGCUGGCCACGCGGGUACCACGGCUGCCCUCCACGGUGCUGCUGAUGAACCUGGCAGCCGCUGACCUCCUGCUGGCCCUGGUGCUGCCCCCAAGGGUCCUGUACCACCUGCGUGGCCAGCGCUGGCCCUUUGGGGAGACUGCCUGCCGCUUGGCCACGGCCUCGCUCUAUGGCCACAUGUAUGGCUCGGUGCUGCUGCUGGCUGCCGUCAGCCUGGAUCGCUACCUGGCCCUGGUGCACCCGCUGAGGGCCCGCACCCUGCGUGGCCGGCGCCUGGCCCUGGGACUCUGCGUGGCCGCCUGGCUCAUGGCGGCUGCCCUGGCACUGCCCCUGGUGCUGCAGCAGCAGACCUUCCAGCUGGCGCACUCUGAUCGUGUGCUCUGCCAUGACGCGCUGCCCCUGGAUGCCCAGGCCUCCCACUGGCAACCGGCCUUCACCUGCCUGGCGCUGCUGGGCUGUUUCCUGCCGCUGCUGGCCAUGCUGCUGUGCUAUGGGGCCACCCUGCGCACGCUGGCGGCCGGUGGCCGGCGCUAUGGCCACGCGCUGAGGCUGACUGCGCUGGUGCUGGCCUCCGCCGUGGCCUUCUUCGUGCCCAGCAACGUGCUGCUGCUGUUGCAUUACUCGGACCCAAGCCUGGGCGCCUGGGGCAACCUCUACAGCGCCUACGUGCCUAGCCUGGCGCUGAGCACCCUCAACAGCUGCGUGGACCCCUUCGUCUACUACUACGUGUCAGCUGAGUUCCGGGACAAGGUGCGGGCGGGGCUCUUCCGACGGCCUCCCGGGGACACCGUGGCCUCCAAGGCCUCUGGGGAGGGGGGCAGCCGGGUCAUGGCUACCCGCUCCUCUUCACUCCAGUGAUGCAAAGUGGGGAGGGAGGUACUGGGUUCAACAGGGUCCCUUCUCCCACUUCAUGUUCUUCCCGGAACCUCAGAAUGUGACCUUAUUUGGAAAUAGGGUCAUUAUAACCGUCACUGGUGGAGUUCACUUUGGAGAAGGCUGGGCCUUACAUCCAGUGUGCCCAUCCAGAGGUCAAGCCUAGUGGCUCAUGCCCGUAAUCCCAGCACUUUGGGAGGCCAAGGUGGGCGGAUCACCUGAGGUCAGGAGUUCAACACCAGCCUGAGCAACAUGGUGAAAUCCCAACUCUACCAAAAUACAAAAAGUAGCCGGGUGUGGUGGUGCACGCCUGUAAUCCCAGCUACUCAGGAGGCUGAGGCAGGAGGAUUGCUUGAACCUGGGAGGCAGAGGUUGCAGUGAGCCAAGAUUGUGCCACUGGACUCCAGCCUGGGUGACAGAGUGAGACUCUGUCUCUAAUUGACUAAUUAAGUUAAAUUUUAAAAAGAGGAGGAGAGAUGGCCAGGUGCAGUGGCUCACACCUGUAAUCUCAGCACUCUGAGAGGUCGAGAUGGAGGCUUGAGGCCAGGAGUUUGGGCCCAGCCUGGGCAACAUAAGGAGAUCCCACUCUACAAAAAAAAAAAAAAAAAAAAAAGAAUGAACCAGGCAUUAUGGCACACACCUGUAGUCCCAGCUUCUCAAGAGGCAGAGGCAGGAGAAUCCCCUGAGCCCAGGAGGUUGUGGCUACAGUGAACUAUGAUUGCACCACUGCACUCAAGCCUGGGCAACAGAGCAAGACCUAGUCUCAAAAAUAAACAAAAUUUACAAAAGAGGAGAGACAGCCGGAUACCUGCCACAUGCCUGUAAUCCCAGCACUUUGGGAGGCCAAGGUGGGCAGAUCACCUGAGGCCAGGAGUUCAAUACCAGCCUGGCCAACAUCGUGAAACCCUGCCUCUAUUAAAAAUAUAAAAAUUAGCCGGGCGUGGUGGUGGGCACCUGUAGUCCCAGCUAUUUGGGAGUCUGAGGGAGGAGAAUCACUUGAACCUGGGAGGCAGAGGUUGCAGUCAGCUGAGACUGUGCCACUGCACUCCAGCCUGGGUGACAGAGUGACUCUGUCUCAAAAAAAUAAAGAAAGAGGAGUACACAGAGACAGAGAAGAAAGCCAUGUGGUGAGAGGCAGAGAUGGGAGUGGUACGGACAAGAACAGACUAAGGGACAUGAAGAUGCCAAGCGCAGCGGGCAGCCAGCAGCAGCCAGGAGACAGGCCUGGGGCGGGCUCUCCCUCACAGCCUCCAGAGGGAACCGGCCCUGCCGCCACCUUGACCUUGGACUUCUGGCCUGCAGAACUGUGGGACAGUAAACUUCCGUUGUUCACAGCUGCCGAGAUAGGGGUGCUUUGUCAGGGCAGUCUAAGAAUCUAAAAUGGGAUCAAACGCCACUUCCUGGGCCCUUUGAGGCUCUCUGGCUCGGCUACCUGGGCUGGGUGCAGCCCACGAUGCUUUGGUGUCCCAAAUGGGACUGGGGCUGGGGCUGCAUUCCCCAGAGACUCACUGCAAGUUCCUGCCUAGGGGGCUGGGGCACUCCAUCCCCACUUCCCAAUGCUGAGGCCCUGUGGGCAAUCCCCAUAUGGGCACUGAGGAAGGAGAGCUAAGCAGAAUCCUGGCACAACUAAGACCUGAAGAAUAUCUCAGUUUACAGUAUUACUACUCAGUUAUUUCCUUUUAUAUAAUCCUUGAUAUAAUCAUAUAUUAGUUUAUAGAAGUGGGCUUCAAGAUCAUCUCGGUUUAUAGUGUUACUACUCAGUUAUUUCCCUUCAUAUAAUCCUCUAUCACAACCAUACGUUAGUUCACAGAAUGAGUGCCUAAAGAAUAUCUCACUACUCAGUUAUUUCCAUAUAUAUAUACAAAACUAUAUCUUAGUUCAUAAUCGGAGGAACGCCUAGAGUGGACACAGUGCAGAGCAUGAAUUAAGGAAUAAGCAGCUUAUAAUCAGAGGAAUGUCUAGAGCAGACACAGUGCAGAGCAUGAUUUAAGGGAAAACAGUUAUACCAGGACAAGAAUCCAAGGCCCAGGCGGCAGCGUUCAGUAUCAUAAAGAUACCCGCUGUGUGGCAGGCUUGGGGCGAGAGCCACUCCUCCUGAUAAAGGAGUUGUAGGACCUUGCUCCAGUUCUUGUGGAAGGCUCCCCUUAGCCCGGCAAUCCACCUUGGUGACUGUGAACUUAUCAGUUCUGGUCACUGUGCUGCUCGAAAAGCAUCUUCCUAUAGGACUCACUGGGAGCUGCCUGCAGGUGGUGGAAACCCUGACAGCGCUGUCACUGCUAUGGGACUUAAAGCAUCCUCCUAUAAAUCUUAGAAGUAGUUUGCCCAUAGAUAGAGAGAGGCAUUGCACACUGCACCCUCUUGUGCACGGCCCACCUCCAUGCCUCAGUGACCUAAUGGGGGUGGACCCCAUGUUUUAUUGCUCACGACCCCAUCACUAUCCUUAAAGAUGAUUUCACUCACUGCCCUGCCCCCUAACCUAUACACAAUAAAUACUGACACUUCUGGACAUUCUGGGCCUCUCCUGACUCUGCUCAUAGGUGGCGUGGCCCCCCGAGCCCAGCUGCAUCUCCCUUGUACUUCUGUGUCCUGUUUCUUUAUUUCUCACACCCUGCACCUCAGCACAGUAUAAGGGACACCCCACAACCCUGUGGGGCCCUCAGCCCUACAGGGCCCCACCAGGCUCAGAGUCUGGUUGGCCGUUCUCAUGCCCGCCAGCUUCUGGCUUUGGGAUGUCUCUCGAGCAACCAGAGUAGCACCCCCAACUCUGCUCCCCAAAACUCAUCAUUAGUGUGACCCAGCCUCCUGCUGUCCCCUGGCUGCUGGGGAUCCUCACCUUCCCACCUCUCACCUGCAGGCUGGUUCUUUUCAUUUUCUGUCCACGUCACCAGGGACAAGGUGGGGCAAUGUGGGGUUGGGAGGACAGUGUGUGCCGGCGGGGGGGGUUCCAGGGCUGCAGCCCUAGAAACACCCACCCUGCCCAGAUGCCUGCAGCCGGCUCUAAGCCUUGCACGGGAUGGGGCAUAGUGCCUACGGAGGACACAGCAGGUGUUUGGGGAAGGGGAGAAGCCUCAGCCCCGGUGCGUGUGUGUGCAUGCACACACACAGACACCACUGCUCACACUAGGGAGCGGCACGGGGCAGUUUCAGAGGCUGCUGGGGCAUGAACUGUGGGGGCAAGGCAGAGGGUGGGGGACCACUGGACCUAUGUCCCCAUUGGACCUAUGU